AUGAGGAUUGUCGUGUUUUCUUUCUUAACGAUUUUCAUUCUUUGUGAUGCAAAGUUUGAUUGGGUUUAUUGUGAACACGACAAGGAGAUUCCACUCAUUCGGAUGAUGUCUCGUGAGUUCUUCAACAAUUCCUCGAUCAGCACCCGUCCCAGCAAUCCAGAGAUUGUGAAUUGUGGACCAAAAAGGCGUCUUGGAUCUUGUGCGGACUAUAGAUUGCACCAAAAUCGAACGCUGAAACCGAAACGAUAUGGAACGGUUGUCUAUGUGGGAGAGCAAAGAUCAUUCGAUCGGAUUCGUUGCCCGAACACAACGAGAAACCACGGAUUUGUGCGACUCGUGCAUUUUGUCCAUAAAACGAAUCAAAGCUUCGAUUCGAAUCUGGCAGUGUUGAGCAACACGUGGUCCGACAUGCAGAUCCCAUUCACAUUGAAGCCGGAAUCGUUGCAUCGAGUGCUUCGCGUUUUGCACAUCCUUGGCGCCCCCAGCAGCAAACAGGAAAUGUCGAACGAUGAUCCCGACGAGAAGAUCGAUCCGCGAAAGGGAAACACCGAAAAGAGCGAGACACAAGAUGGGAUCGUGAUCACGGCGUAUCUGAGCACCGUUUUCUGCGUGCUGCUCGGUUUGCUCGCCAUCGGGGGAACGGCUUUUUGCAUUGGUCGUCACAUGCAUGCAUCGAAAAAAGCGUGUCUUCGAGAUGCUCAUCGAAUUGUCCCAAGAACAAACGACAACAAUGACAAUAAGCACUCAUUGAUCACUCCGAGAUAUCAACCUUUUUAU